GCGCAAGCGCAGGAAAGUUGGGUCCCCGCGGGGCGGUAACUCCGUAGCAAGUUCAUCCUGAUCUGGGACUCUGCGCGGGUGUCUUUUUUUGCAGCUCUAGGACAGGCGGGAGGCCACCAGAUCCCGCGCUCCGGUGGUCAUUCCAGCUGGGCAGAGCGAGGCGGCGGCGGAGAGCCGGGUCCCACCAUGGCCGCGAAUUACUCCAACACAGGCAGCAGAAGGGAACAUGUCAAGAUCACCUCUGACCCCCAGCCAGGCUUCCUGGAGCGGCUGAGCGAGACUUCGGGGGGAAUGUUCGUGGGGCUCAUGACCUUCCUCCUGUCCUUCUACUUAAUUUUCACCAAUGAGGGCCGGGCGCUGAAGACAGCUACCUCGCUGGCGGAGGGGCUCUCCCUUGUGGUGUCCCCCGAGAGCAUCCACGUGGUGGCCCCAGAGAACGAGGGGAGGCUGGUGCACAUUGUGGGGGCCCUGCGCACAUCCAAGCUCUUGUCUGAUCCAAACUACGGAGUCCACCUUCCGGCCGUGAAACUGCGCAGACACGUGGAGAUGUACCAGUGGGUGGAGACGGAGGAGUCCAGGGAGUACACGGAGGACGGGCAGACGAAGACGGAGACGAGGUACUCCUACAACACCGAGUGGCGGUCAGAAGUCGUCAGCAGCAGAAACUUUGACCGAGAGAUCGGCCACAAGAACCCCAGCGCGAUGGCAGUGGAGUCGUUCACGGCGACGGCCCCUUUUGUCCAGAUCGGCAGGUUCUUCCUCUCGGCAGGCCUCAUCGACAAGAUCGACAACUUCAAGCCCCUGAGCCUGGCCAAGCUGGAGGACCCCCACGUGGACAUCGUUCGCCGGGGCGACUUUUUCUACCACAGUGAAAACCCCAAGUACCCGGAGGUUGGAGACCUACGCGUCUUCUUUUCCUACGCGGGACUGAGCAGCGAUGACCCUGACCUGGGCCCGGCUCACGUGGUCACUGUGAUCGCCAGGCAGCGAGGUGACCAGCUCGUCCCGUACUCCACCAAGUCGGGGGACACCUUGCUGCUGCUGCAUCAUGGAGACUUCUCGGCAGAGGAGGCCUUCCGUAGAGAGCAGAAGAGCAACUCCAUGAGGACGUGGGGGCUGCGGGCGGCCGGCUGGAUGGCCAUGUUCACGGGCCUCAGCCUCAUGACGCGGAUCCUCUACACCCUGGUGGACUGGUUUCCUGUCCUCCGGGACCUGGUCAACAUCGGCCUCAAAGCUUUUGCCUUCUGCGUGGCCACCUCGCUGACCCUGCUGACCGUGGCUGCCGGCUGGCUCUUCUACCGGCCCCUCUGGGCCCUCCUCAUCAGCUGCCUGGCCCUGGUGCCCAUCCUCAUCGCCCGCACCCGGGUGCCAGCCAAGAAACUGGAGUGAGGAGGCCGUGGCCCCGCCGACACCCUCGUGGGCUCGGGGCCCGGGUCCCCUCACCUCUGCCCGGCGCUACCCGCACUGUGGGCUCCACUCCCCUGUCCUCUGCCACAGGGCCCUGGAGCCGUGUGCAUGUUGGACUUGGGGUCCUUCUGUGCACAUGUCCCCGCCCCUUGUCUUGCCAGUCUGUCGCUUUGGUGGGCAAAAGCAGCUCAGGGACAGUGACCCCGCGGGCCCUGUCCGGCUUCCUUUCCCCUUCCCUUCCCUUGGGCCUGAGACGAUGUGGAGCAGCUCCACAGAGACCUGGUGACAAAGAGGUCAGCCUGGUCAUUGUCCUUUCUCGUCCCUGAGAACAAAUGCCACGGCCCCCGUCACACCCCCGACCCCAAAGGCAUCCUUCACUGCUAGGCUGCACUGGGUGACCCGGAUGCCGACGAGGCCCGGGGAAGUGGGUGUGCCCCAAACCAGGUCUGCAGACAGGACUCCGCUUGGAACUUCAACGGAAACCACCAAAGAGGUCCAGGGGAAAAUGGACGCUGUUGGGACUGCCAUCUAUUCUGUGGCUUGGGAGAAUCCUCUUAGUGCCCAGACCUGCCACGGUCCAACUUAGGUCUUCCUCUGUUACUUCCCUCCUUCCUGUGUCCCCUCCUGUCCCAACAAGGAGGUGUCUUAAGAUUUAAAAAAAAAAAAACUCCUGGACAAUCAACCUUUCAGACUGUUACAAAAACACCCUGGACUCUGUCAGAUGAGAUUAAUUCAGAGCAAGAAAGGUGUUAAAUUGGGGGGAUGGGGAUUACCUCGGGACACUGGGGAGCUUUUAGAUGCUUUUGAAUUAGUGUUUCAAAACUGCGCUGCCUGGUGCAGGGGUGCGCGCCUGUCAUCCCAGCGGCUCUGGAGGCUGAGGCAGGAGGAUCGAGACUUGGAGGCCAGCCUCAGCAACAGCGAGGCCCUCAGCAAUUCAGUGAGGCCCUGUCUCUAAAUAAAAUACAAAAUAGGGCUGGGGACGGGGCUCAGUGGUCGAGUGCCCCUGAGUUCAAUCCUUGGUACCAAAAAAGAAAAGAAAUCAGUGUUUUUAGCAAAAGAAUUUGUUCUCCCUCUGCAAAGACCUGGGAAGCUCAGCAGGUGGAAGGCAGCAUUUCUUUUCUGAAAAUCCUGACAUCACAAACCACCUGUUCACCUGAAGCCACUCAUGAAAAGGUGGGAAGCCUCAUAGUAAAGGGCUCCUCCACGGUGACCCCAGAGGACACCCGCCUCGGCCUCAGCUGCUGUCCCUGGCCUGCAGCAGUGACUUCUAGCACCCUGUGCCUGCUAGGCUUGGCUCUGCUCAUCCGACUCACCCCACUGGAUCCACGUGACUUCUGACUGUCCCUUUAUGCUGUAUGUCGCAACCUUCGCAUCUUAACAGAGCCUUCGUCCAUCCUUCAUCUUGGUUACAGUGACAGCUGCUCGGUCCUUGCUGGGGGUGGUUGUCUGCAACAGAAUGUCCAGGGGGGGUUUCAGGGUCAGGACUCCUGACCCCAGUGACUCUCCUUGUUCUGAGCUACCCGGGCUGUAAAUCGGGGAUCCAUGUUAAGACAGAGAUGGCACCAGAGGUGACGUGUCUGCAUUUACAACUGAGACAGCGUCACUUCCACUUAGUCCAUGGGCCGACUCCCUUUGUGGACCCUGGAGAAUGCUCUGAAGGUGAGAUGCGUGUAGUUGGCUGAGAGCUAAAUAGGGAAUCCUUGGGGUUUGGCUUGUGCCAUUUCUUUCUUGUGAGUUUUAAACAAACGGCUUUAGGAUGGUUCCUAAAUAGCAAAACAAUGUUAAAAUAAUUGGGAAGCUUUGGAAAAACACCAUGGAAUUUGUAUUAUCUUUGUAUUUUUGAUAAAAUUUGUGAAAUAAAUGUCUGAAUCUUUUGCUGUUACCCUA